CAUUAGGGAUAGUUUGCUCAAAAAUUAAAACUCAGCCAUCAUUUGUUCAUCCUCAGUUUUUCAGUGGAACACAAUAGGAGAUGUUUAGCAGAAUGUUUAUAGAAUGUAUGACUUCACAUUACGGACUCCUAAUUAUAUUUACCAAGUGACAUACUGACAGAAUUUCCAUUUUUGGGUCAACUAUUCCUACAGUUUUUAGUAAACUGUUCCCUUCAGGCCGACUAAAGUGUUGCACAACCAUUCUAACCAGUAGGGGCCGUCACAAAACAAGGUUACUAUCUCAACCAUAACUUGCAAGCCGCUAACUAUCUUUUGUAUGUAUAUUUCCAGUGACCCACUGGCCCCAUCCAUUUCACCAUGACUCCAAGACCAACAUUAAAACCAACUAAAACACUUCACACCAACACCACAACAGCUGCUCCAGGCUUCCUGCCCUCUUUGCUGGACAGGAUUCCUUUGCCAAGAUGGGCCAUCUAUGCUAUAUUUGCUGCCAUCAUCCUGGUCAUUCUUAUCUUUGUGAUAUGCUGCUGUGUAAAAUGCUGCUGCAAAGGGAAAAGGAAGAGGAAGAAGAAGCUGGACCAGAAGAUCAGUAUGAAAGGGAUCUCAGGAACUACAACCGCAGCACUGGUCCAGCCUGAGACAGAGGGUGCAGAGUAUGGAUCAGCUGACCAGCAGAGAGGAAAACUGCAGUACUCACUGGAGUUCAACACAUCCAGAUCAGAGCUGACUGUAGGGAUAAAAGAAGCUGCUGCUUUGAAAGCGAUGGACUCAGGAGGGACAUCUGACCCUUAUGUGAAAGUCUACAUCCUUCCCAGCAAGUUCAAAACAUAUGAGACGAAAGUCUUCAGGAAAACCCUAAACCCAGUGUUCAAUGAAAAUUUCAAAUAUCAGAUCCCUCAGAAGGAGUUGACUGAGUCGAUACUGGUGAUGCAAGUCUAUGACUUUAACAGAUUCUCCAAACACGACAUCAUCGGUGAGAUCAGACUGAAUCUGUCCACAGUGGACUGGAAUCAUGUAAUUGAGGAGUGGAGAGAUCUGAGCGAAGCUUCCAAACAUGAGCAAGAACAUCUGGGAGAGAUCUGCUUUUCUCUUCGUUAUGUCCCGGCUAGCAGUAAACUCACUGUGAUCAUACUGGAAGCCAAGAACCUGAAGAGGAUGGACCAGGGUGGUUCUUCAGACCCUUAUGUGAAAGUUCAACUGAUUCUGGAUAAGAAAAAGUGGAAGAAGAAGAAAACAUCAGUGAAGAAGCAGACGCUGAAUCCAUACUUCAAUGAAUCUUUCACUUUUGAAGUGUCAUUUGAACAGAUUCAGAAAGUCCAGCUGGUCAUCUCUGUGUGGGAUCAUGACAAAAUGAGCAGAAAUGAUGCGAUCGGCAAAAUCUAUCUGAGCUGUGAUGCUACAGGAAACCAGCUGCGUCAUUGGGCGGAUAUGCUGUCCAACCCACGCAAGCCUGUGGCUCAGUGGCACACGUUACUCUCCUCUGAACAGGUGGACACAACGCUGGCCUUGAAACACACGCUCAAGAUCCCCUUCACAAACAAAACCUUCUGAAAAACCUCCAUUCACAUUUCUUUGUAACAAUGUCCACAAGAAUUUCAAUAAGUUACACUGAAGUAAUAUAAGUAUAGACCAAUAAGAAUAUAUCUGAUUUCUUGCCAUUCUUUUUCGUUUAUUUAUAACAAUACAUAAACAUUUCAUUACUCUCUACCAUGUUGUCGUCUACAUCAUUUGUAGCUAUUAGCACGUCAAAAAAAAAAAAAAAAUUGUAUACACAGUUGUACAUCUGUGAAUUGUGUUUUGCAUUUGUGAAAUGUAUUUUAUGAAUAUAUAUUUAUUCUUAUUUUGUGCACAUGAAUUGGUUUUUGUGAAUAUAUGUAUUUUUCUGGUGCACAUGAAUUAUUUCUCAUGCAUGUGAACUGGGUUACGCAUGUGUGCAUCGCGUCUUUUGCGUAAAUUAUUACUGAGAUCAUUCUGGCUCCAUAAGACACUUCUUUCAAAAACAUUACCAUCACUUAUGUAAGAUUCUUUUAUGUAUUUUCUUUCACAGCCUGAGCCACUCCAAGUGAAAAUGGCUCCAUAGAAAAGAACAAUAUAGACCACUUACAGCUGAUUUGCAGCGAUCUCCAUUUCCAUUAACCAUCACAAAAGCAGACGCACAGCAGGUUUAUGAUCAGCAGAGAUAGUAAACACUGUUGACAUGACCUUUAGAGUCUCUUUACUACUAGAGUGCAGCUUUCAUCUCCGAUCAAAGGGAAUAUUCCUGCUAGCUUACCAUGCUGUGCAGGAUACAUCCACGCUGCAGUUACUGGAUGUAAAAACAGUACUAUUGUGAAAUAUUAUUAUUUCAAUUUAAAAUAGCUGCUUUAUAUUUUAAUAUAUUUUAAAAUGCAAUUUAUUCCUGUGAUGCAAAGCUAAAUGCUGAUAUAUCAUGAAAUUCAAUUCAUUAAUUGCUCAGAAUUGUUUGUGGGUGUGUUUUUGAUUGGGUUCUGCAAAAACUGACAUCGCAUGUACACACUUCGGCUACAAUACAGCCAUACAAGGUAAUCCAGUUAUGAAUGAUUCAGUCCUAAGUACCUUUAUAAAACACAUCUUCUCAUUUGCAUGUCUCACGUCUCUAAUUGAAAUCUUGUUCUUUGUGGUCGGGAGACCACACCUCUGAAACUGGUGGGAAUAACAGAGUUUGUGUUUGUGGCAGACUUGAGCAGAUGAGAGAACCAGGUCAUAAGUAAUUCAGAUCUUGUAAGCAACUGAAUAGUGGAGGAGCACAGUCUGACACUUUGUUAUUUAAAUAAAGCCUUAUACCACCCACUGGUGUUAGGCCACAUUUCAUCCAGCGUUUAUGAGGGUCUGCUACCAAGUGGUCUCAUUAUUACAACGUUUGUUGAACAGCCACUGGAAAUCCAUUUAGGCGACAUGUCCGUUGUCAAGGCACUUAUUUGAUUGGCUUUGUUGACAUCUAAGCCUCAAAUUACAAUAAGGCUACUAAUCAAUUUCUGAUUUAAACAAUUGCUGUGAAACCUGCUGUAAAAUAUUGCUGCUGAAUGGAGUUACCGGUGUAGUUUUGUUGCUAUAGAGCAGCACAUGAUGUCAGGAUCUGGAGUGGUUUCCUGGAUACUUGCAGCAACCUGAGCCUGUCUCUGAUUAUCCUGAGCACAGAUAACAAGCUGUCAAAAGUGGUUUCAGCCUUCUGACAUCAGCACCUGUAACAGAAAUACAAAAAGGUAAGAUGUUUUCUUUCUU